CAUUACCUAAUCUAUACACGGUGUUGAUAUCGUUCAGUUUGUACAAUUAUGUACCUACGCCAAUAAUUAAGGUUUCAUUCAUUGGAAAUUUGUCAAGUAAUUACGAAUGCUAAUAGUGUAUUUGUUUCUGGUGAUUUAGACGUUGGUCUUAUAACGCUAUCCUGCUCGCAUCUCGCAUCUGUUCAUGGUACCAAGGUUAUUGAUACGUAUACGUAUAUCUUCUGUCCUUUCUCGACGGAUUUUAAUUCGACUUGCAAAUCGAAUAAUAGAACUCACGGUUAAUGAUUUAAAUAGUAUUCUAAAAGCAACUAUUCUAGUUCGGUUGUGAUUUCCGCGUGAUUGUGAUGUACUUCGCGGCGAAGGCGACGGUCAAGUUGAAUUACCUACGUCUAAGGUGGUUGUGUUAUCUUGUGAUUGUGUUGAACAUCCCUCAUCUAAAUGGCUAUAUCAGUACUUGUGAACCUGUCAUUUCUAUGGAUUCAGCACCGGUCGUACGAAUCCCCGGAGGAGUUUCUUUUCGAGGUUCAGCUACGGUAUCGUAUUUGAAAAAACGUACCAUAUAUCAGUACCUGGGUAUACCUUAUGCUCUACCUCCGAUGGGUCCUUUAAGGUUCAAGCCACCGGUGCCAUUGAAAGAGUACGUUAAGGGUACCGAAUACGAUAAUAAAUAUUUUAAACCGAAAUGCCCUCAAAUUGUUACCAGUGAAGAUGACGAUUACCUACAAAAACAUUCUGACCAAGCUGAGGAUUGUUUGUAUCUCAAUGUGUUUACUACCGCUGUACUCAGACAUCCAUCGUACAAACCACAAUGUAGGUAUGAUGGUGAAUUUUCAAAUAUUCUUCCACCGUCUGAAUGUCAGGGAUGCCUUACGGGGUGGCCCUCUGACUCGUUUCAAAAUUUUGAAUUCUGUGAAGGACACCCUACCUUGUCUGAAAAUGGCACCGAGCAAAAACCUCUUCUACCUGUCUUGAUAUACAUACACGGUGGCGGAUAUUACCAGGGAUCAGCUUUAGAAUUCUGCCCAAAUUAUCUUUUAGAUCAUGAUAUAGUUUUGGUGACAGUACAAUACAGAUUGGGGCCCCUUGGUUUUUUGAGUUUUGAAGAUGAAAACGUCUCUGGAAAUAUGGGCUUGCUAGAUCAACUCGAAGCUAUCCAAUGGGUCAAUGAGAAUAUCAAAUAUUUCGGCGGCGAUAACCAACGUGUUACGUUAUCGGGUCAAUCUAGCGGUGGCACAUCAGUCUCGUUGAUGUUAUUCAGUCCUCUUGUACGACCAGGUUUAUUUCAACAGGUGAUCAUUCAAAGUGGCAACUUCUUCGGCGAAUGGUCGAUGGAUUACAGCCCUAAAAAUCACGCCAUCGCGUACGCCAAAUACGUGAAUUGCACAGAUACCGAUACCAAUAAGUUACUGGAAUGUUUAAUCAGUGUGCCGGCGUAUCAGUUAAUUAGAGCUAAUUUGAAAUAUAUGGGAGAUCGGGUAACUUCUAAGCAGCAAGUCGUCAGAGAGAUUGGUAUCAAUCAUGCUACCAUUCAACGAAACGGUUCCAGAAUUUUUCUCAAUGCUGAUCCGCAAUAUCUUAUGAAAAAAGGAAGAUUUCAAAAAUUACCUAUUUUAACUGGGUUUACUAAAGAUGAAGGAUCUAUGAUAAUACAAGCAUUCGUCGAAAGAGUAUUUGAAUACAAAUUUGGUCCAAAACUUGAUCUCGUAACCGACGGCUUGAUUCAGUACUUGAAGAAUAAUCUUUUCUACGACUAUAUUAAAUUCAUCGGCAUAGAAGAAGAUGAUUAUAGCCAAUUUGAACUGGCAGAAGAUACAUAUAUACCGGACAAUACCCGAAAUCAUUUCAACGAUACAGUGCCAGGUUUAGUAGAUCUCGGAGGAGCAGCAGUAAUGAAAUCAAUUACUUUGAAAUUUGCUCGUUAUGCGUAUCAAUAUGCUCCAGUUUAUUUGUACUCUUUCAAUUAUAGAGGUACCCAAACCAAAUUAGGAUAUGGUAUAACACCUAAACAUAUUUACUUCCAUGGAGUAGCACAUUCAGAUGACUUGAUUUAUCUAUUUCCGGUCAAAAAUCAUAUUCUAAAUCAUCAUGAACAGAAAGUAGUAGAUCAUAUGACUUCAUUAUGGGCUAGUUUUGUCAUCAAUGGAGGAAAACUCGUCUCGACUCCUAGUUUGGAUAAAUGGCCAAUCAUGUCAACUUAUACAGGACCAUAUUUACAAAUAACAGAAGGUUUGAACGUACACGAGAAUUUCUUGAGAGAAUACAGAAAUCAUGUGAAUGAUCCUAAGUCAAGUGCAACAUUAUUAAAAGCAAUCACCAUUUAUUUAUAUAUUUUUUAUUCAAUUUGUUUUAGAAUAGGAGAAAGAUAUAUUUUCUAAGUUCAAUUUUACUUUAAAAUGUAAUACGUAUGUACAAUUGUACGUAACAAUAACUACCAUUUCAUCAUUUUGUAUCGAAUAAUUUCUUAAAAAUUUAAUUAAGUAUUCAUUUUGUUUGACGUCACUGCGAAAUUGCAAGAUAAAAUCUUCGUUUCUAGACAAAAUUAAAAAUGUGAAAGUAUUAAAAAAUUGAUUUUAAAAAAUCACCACAAACUUUAGUGAUCUCGUUAAUUGGAAAUUUCUAAGUAUAUCUGAUUUUAAUUAUUUUUACUAGUUUUAAUCAUUAUGAUUUUUGUAAUUUCAAGAUUUGAUUAAUAAAUUCGUGUUAAUUUUGUUUGAUGGGCGUAUGAAUAUUUGAUUUUGACUAUACUCAAACUAUAGGCUUAAAUACAUAAGUGGAAUGUGAUUUUUUUUAAAAAUAAUUUUAAUUUGAAGGGUGCUAGUCUUACCAAAAUAUUAUAUAUUUUUUCAACUGAGAAAUAUUUUAGAAUUUUAUUUACACACUAAAACGUUGUUCUUGUGCAUGAAAAAAAGUUGUUAGGCAUUCUUUGUUUAAAAAUCUGGGCUUAUUUUAUUAUUUUAAAAUAAUAAAACCAAUAAUUUGAAAAUCCAAUAACUCUACCAAGUGGCAUAUGGACAAUUCCACCUUCAUUAAACUGUUUAGAGUGUUUACAUAUAUCUUACCCCUUUAAAAAAUUUCAGUAACUUGAUGAAUACUAAAAUUUUAAUUCGAUUGAACUACAAAAAAAUUCUAUAAAAUAAAAAAUCAUUUAUUCGUUUCAAAUCAACGAAAAUUAUUCGAAAAAUAUACGUAAUAUUCCGUAGAACUGCUGUACUAUUCAACAAGUAAGAUACAAGCGCCUUUCAGUUUAUAGCUAAGCAACCCGCUGUACUCGGUCGUUGACCAUGUGGCCUAACGGAUAAGGCGUCGGACUUCGAAUCCGAAGAUUGCAGGUUCGAAUCCUGUCAUGGUCGUUAAAUUUUAUAUAUUAAUUUUAUUUACAACGUUUACUUUAUUAUGAUUCUAUAUUACUAGCCAACUUGUAAAAUAAAUCAAUACAACGCAA